AUGCUGGAAGGAAGGCUGAAGAGCUGGCAGGAGCCGUCCCUCUGGGUGCUCAAGGGGUAUGCUGUCGUCACGCGCCAUGGCAGCAUAGCGUCGCAAGGGCGCGUCGUGUUGAGUCCAGAAGAGCAUGGAGUUUGCCAUCGUCUAAGGGAACCUGAUCUGAUCGGCGACCUGGUGGACGAGGAGCGUUGGGAGGGUCUGACCUGGCAUGCUCGCGUGCUCGUGCUGUCUCAACCAUGGGGACACACCAUCUUUCACUUCGUGGCUGAAUGCCUGCCCAAGAUCAUGAUAGCACGAGAGCUGCUGGGAGAUUCUGACCUCCUCCUGCAUGUCCCCCUGUCGUCCGACACUCCUCACAGUGCCGAGAGGUCGAUGCUUUCGGCGUUCUUCCUCAUCGACUCUGCUCUGGCCCCCUCCGAGUACACUCGCAGACUUACUUCGUGUCUCCGACUCGAUGUGCAAUAG